UGUUAAAAAUGUCCCUAGUGUAUUCAAAAUCACAGGGAAAAAUGACAGUUUGUGAUAUGAUUCGAAAAUAAUAAGAGCAAUAUUGGUACGUUUUAUUGAAUGCAUUUCAUCGAGGAAGUAAAGAUCAGUGUGUUAGGUUAUUAGCUAUAUAAUGAAACCAUCUCUAUGUUGGACAUUCAGUGUUUGGACAAAUCAAUGAUGGUCUCUAUUUGUGACGGAAAGUAAAUUUACUUAGUGCAAAUACACCCAAUUCUUGUGUACACUUGGGAAUAAGAAAGAUGUCGUCUGAUGAUGAAGUAUUGUUUGAUGAUGUUUAUGAAUUGUUUGAAACAAUAGGAAAAGGUCCAUACAGUGUAGUAAAGAGAUGUCUGCACAAAGAAACCGGUCAGCAGUUUGCUGUAAAGAUUGUAGAUGUGGCCAAGUUUACGUCCAGUCCUGGCCUCAGCACAGAAGACUUGAAGAGAGAGGCUAGUAUAUGCCAUCUACUAAAACACCAACACAUUGUAGAGUUAUUAGAGACCUACAGUUCAGAGGGCAUGCUGUAUAUGGUGUUUGAGUAUAUGGAUGGAGCUGACCUUUGUUUUGAGAUAGUUAAAAGAGCAUCGCUUGGUUUUGUAUACAGUGAAGCAGUUUCCAGUCAUUAUCUGCGUCAGAUACUGGAAGCCGUAAGAUACUGCCAUGCUAACAACAUCAUUCAUCGGGACCUCAAGCCACAUUGUGUGUUGUUGGCAUCCAAAGAAAACUCAGCGCCAGUUAAACUCGGUGGUUUUGGUGUUGCUAUACAGAUACCAGAAUCUGGAGAGCUAUCAGGAGAGGAGCCUAUUCUUUAUGGAUUGGAUCCUUGGGUUGAUUUGAGACCUGAUUAUGUCGGUAGAAUAGGCACACCCCAGUUUAUGGCUCCAGAGAUUGUGAACCGACAGCCGUAUGGAAAACCAGUAGAUAUGUGGGGGUGUGGCAUCAUGAUGUUCAUACUGCUGGGUGGCUAUCCACCAUAUGUAGGAACCAAAGACAAUCUAUUUCAUCAAAUUGUUCAGGGAAAAUAUCAUCUAAGAAAACAUUGGAUGACAAUAUCCAAUCCCGCCAAAGAUUUGCUCAGUAAAUUGUUGGAUGUCAACCCUAACGACAGAAUUACAAUAGAGGAAGCUUUACAACAUCCUUGGAUAAAGGAUAGAAGUAGAAUUCCAAAAGUUCACUUGCAAGAAACAGUAGAAGAAUUAAAAAAGUUUAAUGCAAGAAGAAAAUUAAAGGGUGCUAUAAUGGCAGCUGUUUCCAGUUCUAAAUGGAACACAUUUUAUAACGAUCCUCCAGAUAUGGCGGAGGAUGAUAUAACCUCAGCUGGAGCUGUGUCUCAGGUGCUAGACUCAUUAGAAGAGAUACAGUGUCUCACAGAUUGUUCCGAACAAGAAAAAGACCUCAUCGAAAAAGUUUUCCAAGAUACCAAACUACAUGCCUUAUUAAAUUUAUACGAUAAAAUCAACACUCAAACAGCUACUCCAGUCCGCCCUCCACCCUCCGAUUCUGUCCAUAAAACAGUGGAGGUAAGUGGUGACCACAAAACAGCUAUUCCAGUCCGCCCUACACCCUAUGAUGCAGUUAAACAAUCAAGGGAGGUUUUGGAAACAAUCAAGAAACGUCCAUCAGAAUAUGCAACAGUCUGUGAAGAAUUAUCACAAAUCUUAUCCAAGCCACAUAUCACGGCUUUAUUACAAGCCCAUGAUGUUGUGGCCCAUGAAGUCUACAGUGAGGACGCUGUACGUGUAACUCCCCCACCGCUUCAGCCUUAUCUUAACGGGGACUCUCAACCGGAAACCCCUGUGUCAGAAAUGGAGUCUUCCAAUGUCACACGUGUAAGAAUGGUACAGUUUCAAAAAAACACAGAUGAACCUAUGGGAAUAACAUUAAAGGUGACAGAGCAAGGAAAAUGUUUGGUUGCUAGGAUUCUGCAUGGAGGCAUGAUUCAUCGUCAAGGAACACUUCAUGUUGGUGAUGAAAUACGAGAAAUAAAUGGUGUAAAUGUAUCCAAUCAGACAGUAGACAACUUACAACGACUAUUGAGAGAAGCCAGGGGGAACGUCAGCUUGAAGAUUGUCCCCAGUCAUAGAAAUAGCCCAGCCCAGUGCGAGUCAAACCUUGUUGUGUCCAAGUGGAAAGGGCAGUCAAUAUCUCUUAGAAUUAACCAGGUUUUUGACUUACAAGAGGUUACUAAUCUUUUUAUAUAUGUCCGAGCAUUAUUUGAUUAUAACCCAGAGGAUGAUGAUUUGAUUCCCUGUUCACAAGCUGGUGUUUCUUUUAGAGUUGGAGAUGUUUUACAGAUUAUUAGUAAAGAUGAUUCCAAUUGGUGGCAAGCCAAAAAAGUUGGUACCUCCCCGAACUCUACUGACCCUGCAGGGUUAAUUCCUUCUCCAGAACUCCAAGAAUGGAGGACAACAGUUUCUAGUCGAGAAAAACUCAAAGAAAAUGCAGUACAUUGUUCUUGGUUUGGAAAGAAGAAAAAAGACAAAUAUUUAGCAAAACAUAAUUCCAUAUUUGACCAAUUAGAUUUAGUAACAUAUGAAGAAGUAGUUAAAUUACCUGCCUUUAUGAGGAAAACAUUAGUAUUAUUGGGUGCUCAUGGUGUUGGAAGAAGACAUAUAAAAAAUACAUUAAUAACAAGUCAUCCUGAGCGAUUUGCAUAUCCUAUACCACAUACAACAAGAGCGCCAAAGGAAAACGAAACAAAUGGCAAAAACUAUUUUUUUGUGACACAUGAACAAAUGAUGAAAGACAUUGCUAAUAAUGAAUAUUUAGAAUAUGGUACACAUGAUGAUGCCAUGUAUGGAACAAAAUUAGAAACAAUUAGGCAAAUUCAUGUUCGGUCACAAAUGGCAAUUCUAGAUGUGGAACCACAGGCUUUGAAAAUAUUGCGCACUGCUGAAUUUGCCCCAUAUGUUGUGUUCAUAGCAGCACCGAGGAUUUUUGAAAUUUUACCACAUCAUAAAUCCAAAGAUGUCAAUGAUGUCAGUUUGGAAAAAUUAGCAACAGAAAGUGAUCUCUUAGAAAAGGCCUAUGGACAUUAUUUUGACUUGAAAAUAGUGAACAAUGACAUUGAAGAAACAAUUAGAACUUUAGAACAAGCUAUAGAUGAAGUGUGUUCAUCGCCACAAUGGGUGCCUGUAAGCUGGGUUUAUUGAAACAGAUUAUAGUUAAUAAUAAUGCCAAAAUAUUUAUAUAUCAAAAACCAAAUUUUUAUAAAAAGUGCUUUUUGUUCAAGGUAUGCAAAAAUGAAGGAAGUGUUAUAAUUGUUGAUAAUACUGUUAACUGUUGACUUAUUAUACACGUUAAUUAAUGUUCACAGAGUUACAGGAACAAAAAUUGACUUAUUAUACACGUUAAUUAAUGUUCACAGAAUUACAGGGAAAUGUACAUGGUGCCAUAAUAAGGAGCUAUAGCCGAGAAAUCAAGAAUCCAUAUUUGUGAUAUGUACAUGGAAAUUGUAUAUAAAAGUAUCAGUAAUUGAACACUGAGUUAAUUUGUAUACAAUAAAACAAACUAAUAUUCAAAGGAAAAAAGUGUCUUUUAAUGGUAUAAUAUUUUAAGAUGAUAGUUUUUUUAAGACUUAUGAAAAAUUCAUUGUAAUUUCGAAAUAAGAUAUCUUUACUCAAGUUUUACAAUUUAUUUAAUUUAAAAUUGAAACAUUUUCUAUCUGCUUGGCAGCAUUAGUCAGGCUAAAGUAUUCUAUUAUAUUAACAGAAAUUAUGUAUGAAAUCAGAAUGUUGGUUCAAGUUAUCAGAUGUCAGUUACUUGUAGAAACUAUACCUAGAUAUACAUUUUUAAUUGUUUUGUCAGUUAAAAUAUUUUAUUAGGAGAAAAAAGAAUUAUGAAAUAUCAAUUUUUAUUAUGUUCAAAUUUGUGUAACUAGUUUAUUAUUUUACAUUUUAAGUUAUUCUUAUCUAUAUAUAGUUCACUAUGUGUAUUUCUAUACAUAGAAAAACACAUAUUUUCUUUAGCUGUCUAAUUUUGGCUUUAACUUAUUUUGUCUAAGUCAUUCUGCUUACACAAAUUAUUAUUUGUUUAUUUAUUUAUGUCAAUCACCAGAUAUCAAACCCUUAAGCUGGGCCCUUAAGGCUACUUUUCAAAUAAUACAAUUACACUAGUCGUUUUUGGGCCCUUUAAAUCCUGCUGUUCGAUGUGAGCUAAGGCUGAAGGUUGAAGGUCAUACUUUGAUCUACAAUUGCUAAUUUUUUAUACAUUGUGAUUUGGAUGGAGAGUUGUCUCAUUGACACUCAUACCACACCUUCUCAUUUAUAAUUACAUGUACUUUAAAAUGAUUCAAUGCCAAAUCUGCCUCUUUCGCAUUGAAUUUUAAGCUGAAGAACAAAGAUUUCAUGGAAAGACAGGAUUCAUCAUUUCAUGGACCACUGAUCAACAUUAGGUUUUCAUUGUCAAGUCUAUUACUUGGAUACUAUGGAAUGAUUGUGUAGCAUAUAUGCCCGUUUGGUUGGGUUAAUAUGACCUUGACUUCAUAAUCAUGGUUUAAAGGUCAAUGUUAAGUGUUUAUGUGUUCCAAGUCAGACACUAUAAGCAGUAGGUCAACAAUAUGACCUUGACUUAUCAUGGAUAAUUGAUGAUGUUAAGUUUAUCUGAUGCCUGUAAAAAAACCUUGAUCUUAAAGAGUUUCCACAGAAAAUUCUAUCAAUAUCAUUUUAGCAGGCAAUACAUUUCAGCAUGAACACUCUUAUUGUGUUUUAAAACUUUAAACAUGGAUAUUGUUUGGCCCUGUACCUUCUGUCAUGGUUCUUUAACUGAUUAUUUUGCCUCUUUAAAUGUUAAAGUAUUGCUAUAGUAAUUUCAACAUUAGUACAAAAUUACUAUCAAAAUAACUAAAAGACAACACAUAUCUCUGUGUUAACAAUACUUUCAUCUUAUUAUAAACAAGUGUUAAAAGUUUAUUAUAUUUUCAUCUUAUUAUAAACAAGUGUUAAAAGUUUAUUAUAUUUUCAUCUUAUUAUAAACAAAGAGUACUUCUAAAUUCUGAUAAAGCUAUACAGAUAGAAUAGGGUUUGAGAUAAACAUGGCCUUCUAAGGUACCAUUUGAUAUAAAGAAUAUAAUUUACUAAAAAGAGGGUGAGGGUUAUGUAAUAAACUAAACAAGAAUUUUAUUUGAAAUGGCUGUCCGAAAGAAUUUUAAGAUUAGCCUUAAAAUCCUAUAUAUCAUUUCAUUUAAUAUUCAAAUAGUCAUUUCACAUAUGAUUUUAAUUUGUUUCAAUUUCAACAUAGAAAAACCCAUCCACUGCCCUUUACCUUAUUCCAAUGUGAUGAAAUAUAUAAUAUAGAAUAAUGUGAUUUUUCAAUUUCAGAAUAUAAUUGACAUGGAAGAAAGUUGUCACAAUUAAUAAUGUACAAUUUUUACAUUUACGCACACAAACACACACUGAAAUUAAUAAAGUGUGUUUGUGUACCUGUAAUGUUUUCUUUGUUGAACCAGAAAACAAGUUUUGGUCAAAUGAAUAUAGAAUGAAUUAUCUGAUUAUAUGUGAUAGUUAUAUAGAGACAGUGAGUUGUAACAGAUUAGUUAAUAAAGGUUGUUAUAUAUUUACUGCUGAUAUACAAUAAAAAUAUAAAGUAUU